CUCUACCAUAAAAAUUUAAGGAGGGACGCCAAGCUUCGCCAUCUUUAUAAUCCUUGAAGUUCACUUUUAUAAAUCGUAGUUGUCUUUUGUUUUGUAACAGUCACUUUAUAAAUUAAAUAGCCAAUAUGUCUCGUUAUCGUGAAUGGGAUCUCUCUUGUAAAGUAUACGUCGGAAAUUUGGGUUCCUCUGCAAGCAAACACGAAAUAGAAAGUGCAUUCAGCAAAUAUGGUCCACUGAGAAAUGUCUGGGUGGCCAGAAACCCACCUGGUUUUGCCUUCGUUGAAUUCGAAGACACCAGAGAUGCUGAAGAUGCAGUCCGCGGACUAGACGGAACCAGAUUAUUAACCAUAAGCUUUAAUUUUAAUAUGUUUAUUAAAGGCAACUUAUUUCAUUGCUUUGUUAUUUCUUUAGACGGUGUUGUGGAACCAGAGUUCGUGUUGAAAUGUCAAAUGGCAGAUCAAGACGGGGAGGAGGUGGUGGUGGUGGACGUAGGGGCCCAUCCAGAUAUUCAAGGUCUAGAUCCCCAAGGCGUUCCAGAUCUAGGUCGCCACGUUCCCGCAGCCGAGAUGGCCGCAGCCGAUCAGACUCGAGAGACAGGCGCUAAGAACCGAUUAGCUUUAGGAUUUUAUAUUUGUUCUUUAUUAGAAUUAUGACUUUAUAUUCUUACUUCUUUUUAUUUAAACGUAUAAUUGUAUUGUAAUUUUUGACAAGUAAAUCACAAUAGAUAAGUAGAUA